CCUAACAUCACAGUUCACUUAUUGGACAAUCAACUCCUCUUCUGUGUCAAUUGUGUCAAGCCACUGGCCCUCCUUCUUGAAGAACCAUCAGUCGAUUGCCUCUCCAGACUCACCACUAGCCAACAAUGCCUCAAGCCAGCAGCCUCCCUGCCUGGAGCGAGCUCCAGCAGCACCGCGACACCGUGGGCAAGAGCUUCGUCCUCAAGGAAGCCUUCGCGUCCGACCCCAAACGCUUCGAAAAGUACACACGGACCUUCACCCUGCCGGCAUCUGUCUCGUCGUCCGGCCAGCCCACCGAGAUUCUCUUUGACUUCUCCAAGAACUUCCUUACCGAUGACACUCUUGACCUGCUCGUCAAGCUGGCGGAGCAGGCUGGUGUCGAGAAGAAGCGCGAGGCCAUGUUCGUUGGUGACAAGAUCAACUUCACCGAGGACCGUGCUGUCUACCAUGCUGCCCUGCGAAAUGUUGGACUCGAGGGUAAGCCCUGGGAUAUGAAGGUUGAUGGUGUCGACGUCAUGGGUACCCAGGGUGGCGUGAACGAGGUGCUGGCGCACAUGAAGGAGUUCAGCGCCCAGGUCCGCAGCGGCGAAUGGAAGGGUUUCACGGGCAAGAAGUUGACCACCAUCAUCAACGUUGGUAUCGGUGGUUCUGACUUGGGCCCAGUCAUGGUCACUGAGGCACUCAAGCACUAUGGUGCCAAGGACACGACCCUUCACUUCGUCUCCAACAUUGACGGCACCCACAUGGCAGAGGCCCUUGCCAACUCCGACCCGGAGACCACCCUCUUCCUCAUCGCAUCCAAGACCUUCACCACAGCUGAGACCACUACGAACGCCAACACGGCUAAGACAUGGUUCCUCGAGAAGACCGGCGGCAAGGGAGAGAUCGCGAAGCACUUUGUGGCCCUUUCCACCAACGAACCCGAGGUCACAAAGUUCGGCAUCGACUCCAAGAACAUGUUCGGUUUCGAGAGCUGGGUCGGCGGCCGCUACUCGGUCUGGAGCGCCAUUGGCCUGUCCGUCUCGCUGUACAUCGGAUACGAGAACUUUGAGAAGCUCCUGGCUGGCGCACACGAGAUGGACAAGCACUUCCGUACCGCGGCGCUGAAGGAGAACAUCCCCGCCAUUGGCGGUCUGCUGAGCGUGUGGUAUAGCGACUUCUACAGCGCGCAGACGCACCUAGUCGCUCCCUUUGACCAAUACCUGCACCGCUUCCCUGCCUACCUGCAGCAACUGUCCAUGGAGUCCAACGGCAAGACCAUCACCUCGGACGGCUCCCCUGCCAAGUACACAACCGGCCCCAUCCUCUUCGGCGAGCCAUGCACCAAUGCCCAGCACUCCUUCUUCCAGCUCGUCCACCAGGGUACCAAGUUGAUCCCGACAGACUUUAUUCUGGCAGCCAAGUCACACAACCCCAUCUCCGACAACCUGCACCAGAAGAUGCUUGCCUCUAACUACCUGGCCCAGGCAGAGGCCCUGAUGGUCGGCAAGACGGCUGAGCAGGUCAAGGCUGAAGGCACUCCCGAGAACCUAGUGCCUCACAAAGUCUUCUUGGGUAACCGUCCCACCACCAGCAUCCUGGUCGGCGGACACAUCGGCCCUGCUGAGCUGGGUGCGCUGAUUGUCUACUACGAGCACCUGACCUUCACUGAGGGCGCGGUCUGGGACAUCAACUCUUUUGACCAGUGGGGUGUUGAGCUGGGCAAGGUCCUGGCCAAGAAGAUCCUCAAGGAGCUGGAUGAGUCCAGUGAUGGCUCUGGCCACGAUGCAUCCACCGGUGGUCUCAUCGGCGCAUUCAAGAAGUACUCCAGCCUGUGAGCAGCAGCUUGUACAAAGCAGCCAUGACUGCUUCGAAAUACCUAUGAAUGAGAGAGCGUUCGUUCAGUAAUGAAAAUAUGAAUUUAUACACAC